AUGUUUCAGAAAAAGCCUAAACAAAAAUUUGCAAAUAUCUUUUUAAAUAAUCCAAAUACAAGAAAAGAAUUAGAUCAUGGUCAAUCAUUUGCUUUUGGUGGUAUGCAAGGAUGGAGAAUAUCAAAUGAAGAUUUUCAUACACAUUUAGUUCCAAUUGAUAAUCAUUCAUGGAAAUUUUGGUCUUAUUUUGCUAUUUUUGAUGGACAUAAUGGUAUUGAUACAGCAAAAAAUGCAGCUAAUCUUCUUGAUAAAUAUUUAAUCGAUGCAUUAAAUCAAACUGGAAUUAAUUCUAAUGAUGAAUCUAUUUAUUUAUCUGGAAUCAAUAAAAAUCAAUUAAAUUACAUUACAAAGAAAACAUUUCUUCAAUUAGAUGAAAAAUUAGCUAAUUUAGUUAAUGAUCGAAGUGGAUCUGUUUGUAUAACAUGUUUAAUCGGACCAAAAUAUAUUUAUUUGAUUAAUGUUGGUGAUUCUCGUGCAAUAAUUAUUUCAAAUGAUGGACAAGUUUUAGCAUAUACUAAAGAUCAUAAACCAGAUGUUGUACAAGAACAAGAACGAAUUCAUAGAGCUGGAGGAAGAAUAACUCAAUAUGAAAAUGAUGUUGCACGUGUUGAAGAUAUACUUGCUGUUAGUCGAGCAUUCGGUGAUUAUUUAUUAGAUAAACGUUUAAUUCCAGCUUUACCUGAUAUAAUUCAAUAUCCGAAAAAAUCAUUAGCAGCAUUUGUUAUUCUUGCUUGUGAUGGAAUUUGGGAUGUUAUGACGAAUGAACAAGUUGCAUUAUUUGUUUCUCAAAAAGCAUCAAAUACAUCACUUGAAAAUAUUGCAUCACAAUUAUUAGAUCAAUGUUUAAAAUUAAAAACUUCGGAUAAUAUGAGUAUUUAUAUUAUCAAAGUUUUGUAA